GCCUGCCAGCAACACUGCCGGGCCGCAGCUGAGUCGUGGCGCUAAGGACCUACAUUUUGUCUCUGCCUGCUGCCACCUCUAAUCUAGGUACCUCCCUACGCCCUCGCCCCGGGCUCAACGGCUUCAGCGGCUCAUCGCGGCGUGGCGUACAAGAUUACCAAUCCUUGCUCCAGGUGAUGCCUUCUUAGACGUCAGUCGAAGCUUCGACGGGUCGCAAGGCGAAGACCACACCAAGCUGACCCUGUUGCCAUAAAAUUAAUUCAAGAGAUUCCCAACCUCUACACAUACGAAACCUCCGUGUCUCCAGACCACCAUCCAUCGUGUGAACGCUGACCCAUUCAAGCUGACUGAUCGCAUCACUAAUUAUAACUAAUUAGCGUUGGGGCGAGACUGUCACCACAGAGAGAGAGGCUCACUCCGAUACAUUCCUGGCCCAACACCAUGGCCGCCGAACCAGAGACGGGGCCUCUCCAGCAGGAGGCGCCAACACUCACAGUCACCGUCACCAAAAGCGGCAGACAACUGGACACAUUCCACCUCCCACCAGACGCCAUCCUGAACGACCUCCUGAACGCCUGCGAGGACCACCUGGCAGACUCGCCAGACAAGUACGACUGGGACAAGGCCAAGUUCAUCGCAAAGGGCAAGAUGCUCAAGGCCUGGGACAACGGCGAGCAGGCCAUAGCCCACCUGGACGGGGCCAAGGUCUUCCUCCAGGUGCCCACCCUCCAGGCCAUAAAGGACCUCCAGGACUCCUCCGCAGCAGCCCGCGCCCGCGAGGCCCGCCGCCACGCCCAAAACACCACCGCCGCCCGGCCCGUGGCGGCGCGGCGGACACGGCCAGACCCGGCGCGCGCCCAGGCCGACGCGCAGUACACCUUCCAGCGCGUGGAGCCCCUCGGGGGGUACACGAACCCGGAGCGCAGCCGGGCGUUCCUCGAGCGGCUCAGGGACGACCCGGGCAUCCGGGCGUCGAUGCGCAAGCACCAGUUCACGGUGGGGCUCCUGACCGAGAUGGACCCGGCGGCCAACACGCAGUCGAGCCACGAGGGCACGACGCGGCUGCUGGGCCUCAACCGCAACCGCGGCGAGGUCAUCGAGCUGCGCCUGCGCACCGACGCCUACGACGGCUACAGGGACUACAAGACCAUCCGCAACACGCUGUGCCACGAGCUGGCGCACAACGUGCACGGCCCGCACGACCGCAAGUUCUGGGACCUGUGCCACCAGAUCGAGAGGGAGGUGCAGGCUGCGGACUGGAAGAGCGGAGGCCACUCGGUCGGCGACGGCGAUUACUACGAGUCGCCCGAGGACGACGUCCCGGACCACGGGGGCUGGACCGGAGGGACACAUGUGCUUGGCGGGAGCAGCAGCAACAGCGCGGGUGGUGGCAGUGGCAGUGGCAGUGGCAGUGGCAGUGGCAGUGGUGGCGCUGGUGGCCUGAGUAGGAGAGACGUCAUCGCCAAGGCCGUCGAGGAGCGCAUGAGGAGGUCACAGUCCGAGAACCCCGACGGAGGCAGCGGCAGCGCUGGCCAGGGAGGCGGCAGCGCGGCGCCGUGAAUGAUGCAAACAGGAGGUUUCUCGCGCCAAGAGGAAGGGCCGUCGAUUCCCCCGGCCUCCGCCCCGGAGGCGCAGAGGAGGCACUGACAGACCGCCGAGGACAUCUUGGCAAGAAGGAUCCACCCCUCCACCGACGCGAAGGCAGCGGUAGAAGACCCCUCGCGUCUGACGAAGUCUAGCCCAUACGAGGAGAUCUGCUCAGGGGUUUCACGCCACGAGGCCGCCUACACGGGAAAACACGGGGCGUUUUCCGCAAAGGCUUACCGAGUGACUCGCUUGGGGGACAUCGAACCCGAGCCUAGCCCACAGCAAUGGCACGGCGCGCUGUAAAGACAUGCCAGAAUCAACCCGCACCCAACCAACCAGGACGACUUGUCUCCGCCCCAAGAUGGAGAUGGGAAGGAUUCCGCAGGGAGGCGUGCCAGCUUAGGGGCGGAUGGGGGCGACCUAGUCCCGCGGGCGAAAAGAACCAUUCAAACCAGAUUCAUUCGCCUCAUGUGAGGGAACGCUACCGGCACAAGAUGCCACCUGCUGCAUAUGGAUGCAUCACUCGACGGGCGGCACUCUCCCGCCCGUGUGAAACUGGAGACAGGAGAGCAAGCCACAAGUUUCUUGAAUAUCAUCUCUCAUCACGUCUGUCUCGCACACAGCACAAGGCUAGCAAUGCACGACGUUCAAGUUGCUCUCAGCGAGCAACAGCCCGGCGUGGGAGAAAGCUACCACUCCUUAGCUGUUUCUGUUGAUAGAAUCAUGGCUCGUUUAGGCGAGCAUGUGGGAAUGCUGCAUCUCUACUAUUGCGCAGGGGCCUGAAGAUUGAACUAGUGGACUAUCGUCGAUUUUGCUGGAUCUAAAAUAGUCCCCCUUAUAAUGACAAACAGCUUUACUUUAUUUAAA